CUGAAGUCUGCGGCAGCAACCUGUCGACAGGCACGGCUGACAAGUAUCACGUUCUGCGUUUUUGUUUUGUUCUGCGGUUGUUUGUUGUUUUUCCUCACAAGAAGUGUGUCCUACUAUAGCUUCGUUAAAAAGUUCCUGUCUUUUCGUAUGCAUGUAGCAGACGGUGAACUCCGGCUCUCGCCAAACAACUGACCGACCGACCGACCGGCUAGCUAGCUAGCUAGCCGGAGUAACGUCUCCGGGCCUGGGUGCUGCUUUUUACCCGUUUCAACUGUGUAAUAAUACAUCUUGAUUAUGGACUUUUCUGCCGUUCCCAAAAUGAUGAAGGUCGAGAAACAUCCCAGGCUUGAUGUGAAGUCAAGCGAGGGGCCGAAACGAAUUCCUGUAUCUCAGCAAUCACGACUGGUUCCCAAGACUGUUGCCACGCCACGUGAUCAUCAGCGAGUGCUGGGCGUUUCAAAUGGACCUCAGCGCAUUCAGCGACCUGUCAGCCAACAGAAACCAGUGCUGCACGUCUCUGCAAUCUCCAAGCCCAAGCAAACGUCGAAUCAGAACGUGAAUCCAGCCACUCAGAAUGUAACUCCUGCACCACAGUCCAAGCCCGCUGCCCAACUAACCCAACCAAAGACGCAUGCGCCGGCAGAGAACGUAGAGUCGACCAAACCACCGUCAGAAUCAACAAAGCUUGAGAAGCCACAGAACAAGCCAGCCAAGAGUGGUCAAGGUUCUGCAUCCAGUAAACGGUGGAAUCUGGAAGAUUUUGACAUCGGCCGUCCCUUAGGAAAAGGCAAGUUCGGCAAUGUCUACCUGGCCAGAGAGCGACAGACCAAGUUCAUCCUGGCCCUGAAGGUGCUCUUCAAGAAGCAGCUGGAGAAAGCUGGGGUGGAGCACCAGCUGAGGAGAGAGGUGGAGAUCCAGUCUCAUCUCAGGCACCCCAAUAUCCUGCGCCUGUUUGGAUACUUCCACGAUGCGACUCGUGUGUACCUCAUUCUUGAGUAUGCACCUAAAGGAGAGCUUUACAGUGAACUUCAGCGCCGUGGCCAAUUUCCAGAGGAUAUCAGUGCCACAUAUAUUAUGGAGCUCGCAGAUGCCCUCAACUAUUGCCACACCAAGAAGGUGAUCCAUCGGGACAUCAAACCGGAAAACCUUCUGCUGGGGGGUAAUGGAGAGCUGAAGAUUGCAGAUUUUGGGUGGUCUGUCCACACACCCUCUUCCAGGAGAUCCACCUUGUGUGGGACACUGGAUUAUUUGCCUCCGGAAAUGAUUGAGGGCAAAACUCACGAUGAAAAGGUGGACCUGUGGAGCCUGGGCGUGUUGUGCUACGAGUUUCUGGUUGGAAAGCCUCCUUUUGAAGCAAAAACUCACGAGGAGACCUACCGCAGGAUUUCAAGGGUGGAAUACACUUACCCUGUUCAAGUCAACAUCAGUGCUGGAGCGAAAGACUUGAUCGCCAAACUACUGAAACACAAUCCCAUGCACAGACUGCCCAUCCAGGGCGUCCUGAUGCACCCGUGGGUGGUCCAGUGUUCAACCAAGAAACCGACAACUCUGAGCAGUGAGGAGCACCGCCAGUAAUUCUUCUCUCGGGAAUGUGCAGUACAGGAAUCUGAGCAGCAAACUUUACUUUCUCUGCUGUCCUGAUUUCAUCUUGUCACGGGAGUUUUUUUUUUUUCUUUCUUUCUUUCUUUUUUGACGUCUCGAACCACUUGGCUGUUUUUCAUCUAUUAUGUUGUCACCUUUGACUUUCUAGUCUUACCAAGAGCCAUUUGUAAAUAUUUCACUAUUUUUAUGUGAUUGAGAAUUCUUACUUGAUAAUUAAACAUUUUUUUAAGUAAAUAAUUCAUGGCAUGCAGCAAUAUAACUUUAUUUUUAUUUCAUAUUCAGUUCUGUUGUGCUUUGUACUAAAUGUGAAAUAGGAGAUGAGCUCAUUUUCAGCUGGUGUCAUUGAAGCCUCUGUGUGAUCAGCAGAGGGAGCUAGAGAUCCACUAGUGAGU